AUUCCGUAUUUUCGAACUUGGCGGGUUUCUUCAUUCAGCACAAGCAAAGCCCUAAAAGCAGAAGCAGAAGCAGAAAUGGCAAAAUUCUACUGAAUCAAUGCAAAGCCGCAAUAUGGGAGCGCUUCGUACUGUCUACUCCAAUCGAAUGAUUCUCAGUUUCACCAAAACUAGAUUCAACUCUACUUCCGCUCUCUUAUUGCAUCCUUUCACUCUUAAAUGGAGAUUUCCCUGGAAUCUUCGUUACAUGGUUCAGAGAACCAUUCAGUCCAGUACUCUACGUCACGACGAAGAUUUCAAGCAUGGGUCUAAUCUGAAUUCAUCUGAUGGAGAUGAACUUGGUUCGAGCUGCAGAGAUGAGAAACGUGGAGUUUGGUCUAUUUAUGAUCCUGUGGCGGACAAGGUUUUAACGACCAGAAGCGUUGGAGAUACUAGGAGCAGGGAAGAAGAAUCGUGUAGCGAAGAUGAAUCCCCAAUGACUCUGUCGAGUUUUGAUUCCGCAGGGGGUAUCUCGCCGGAGAAACCUGUGAAUCGACCGAAGAAUGUAGAAGACCAGUCGGUGAGUGGAGAUGGAACCACUAAGCGUUGUUCAGGAUAUCAUUCAAGGGGAGAAGAAUCCGCGCUGAAGAGAUCCUCUUCGGUUGUUAAGAACCUAGAUAAAGAAACCAACAGAGUUUCGUCUGGAUCCAGUGUAAGCGGUCGAGGCACUAUUUUAAAGAAGAAAAAGGGCAAGAGCAAGAUUCAAUGGGUCUGCUCAGACUGCGGGGAGUCAUUUUACCAAUGGUGGGGAAUUUGCCCGUCCUGUAUGGGUAAACUGGUACAGUUCUCGCAGUCUGAAACCAUUGAGGAUAAGCCAAGGGGGUUUGAGGUAACUGAAAAUGCAGUUCGUUCAUGGCUCCCACAUAAGACGGGUGAUAUGAAUCCUCAGAGGUUGACAGACGUGAGGAAGGGUUUAAAUCAGUCUCAAUGGAGAAUUCCUUUGUCUGGUCUCUUUGGAACUGAAGUUGCUAGGGUGCUUGGUGGUGGUCUUGUACCAGGCUCCUUGGUUUUAUUUGGUGGUGAUCCAGGUGUUGGGAAGAGUACGCUGUUGUUGCAGAUUGCUGCAGACCUAGCUGAAGGGGGUGGCUUUGGACGGCCAGGUUGCGUUGUGUAUGUCUCAGGUGAAGAGAGUGUUGAGCAAAUUGGGAGUAGAGCUGACCGAAUGUUAAUUGGAACAGAGGAGCUUUUCUUAUAUUCGGGUACUGAUGUUGAGGACAUAUUAGAAAAGAUCCUUCCCCUCGAGCCCCGGGCUCUAAUUGUUGAUUCCAUUCAGACAGUUUAUUUACAAGGAGUUACUGGAAAUGCUGGAGGGCUCUCACAGGUCAAGGACUGCACCUCACUGUUGUUGCGUUUUGCUAAGAGGACAAAUGUACCUGUAUUGUUGAUUGGACAUGUGACGAAGACGGGGGAUAUUGCCGGACCACGUGUCUUGGAGCACAUUGUUGAUGUUGUUCUAUACAUGGAAGGUGAGAAGCACUCAUCUCAUCGGUUGCUUCGAUCUGUGAAGAACCGCUAUGGAUCCACUGACGAGCUUGGAGUAUUUGAAAUGACACAGUCGGGCCUUCAAGCAGUUUCAAAUCCCAGUGAGAUUUUCUUAAGUGAACAACACUUCAAUUCAGAGGUUUUAGCUGGACUUGCAGUUGCUGUCAUUGUUGAUGGGUCCCGAACUUUUCUUAUUGAAGUUCAGGCUCUGUGUCUAUCUAGCUCAUCAGCUGCAAGGCAUGUGAAUGGUCUCGAAUCGAGUAGAGCUGACAUGAUUAUUGCAGUUUUAACGAAGCAAGCUGGUUUAAAACUCCAAGAUAAUGCUAUCUUCUUAAAUGUUGUUAGUGGGGUACGUUUGACAGAGACUGCUGGGGAUGUGGCAAUUGCACUUGCAGUAUGCAGCAGUUUCUUGGAGUGUCCCAUCCCCAAUGAUAUUGCAUUCAUUGGAGAGGUUGGCCUUGGUGGUGAGCUUCGCGCGGUACCCCGAAUGGAGAAGAGGGUGAUUUCUGUGGCUAAGUUGGGAUAUAAAAAAUGUGUAGUGCCAAAAUCAACUGAGAAACUUCUUGCUGCUCUUGAAUUGGAGGGAAUGAUAGUUUUGGGCUGUUCAAAUCUUAAAGAGGUGAUCAACACUGUAUUCCAGCCUGAACCUUUAGAAGCUAUUCAAGCACAAUUACCAUUCAGCCUGUCUUCUGAAUUAUAAAUUGCUGAAGUUUAUGUAUGGCCCAGGUUAUGUUAGUUGUAUAUCAAUUUUCAUUAAGAAAGCAAAAAGUAUAUAGCUGCUGUAUAUAAAUUGUCAAGGGUUCUUAUUGUAGCGUUUUCUUUAACUGUUGCUGCAACUUAAACAAUUAAUUGGACAAUUAAAGACCAAAACCAUUGGUAGAUGGAAUAUUGUGACAUAAUUCUGUUUUUU